UUGCGAUCAGGUGCAUAAAUCACCGGCCGUAAUACGGUCAGGUACAUUUAAGAAAGUGGUAGUGUCAGCAUGGCCUUAUCCAAAAAAACGAUUCGCAGUUUGUUCCAAACUUCAACGACGCUGGACUAGAGAUGAUGAUGGCCGGAUUGGUCGUCAGUCGAAGUAUGCCACGUCGUUUCAUAAGAAACGGCUAUGGCGGCCGGGAGGGAGGGAGCGAUGGCGUGUGGAUUGGCUGCUGGGAGCAGCACCAUCGCCGCCGUAACUGCGGCGAUCACUCAGCGGAUGCCACGUGGAAGUCAGGCAGCCACUGCUGUCUCCUCCUUCGCCCCUACUACGGCCAUUGCUCAGCGAAUGCCACGUAGCGGUAAGUCAUCGAAUUGUGUCUCCUCCUCCAGUUCCCGAGAAGCGCCGAGCCGCAGGAACCAUAGCCAUAGCCACAGCCACAGCCACAGUCAUAGCCAUAGCCAUAGCCAUAGCCAUAGCCAAAAUGUGGUAUCCCUGUCGUUGGGAUCAUCGAAUGACAUGUGCCACGUGGCAGGCGCUAGGUCAACCAAUCAAGCGGCGGCCAGUCGUUCUCUCAAUGUGGGCGACAGCGGCCUACUAGUGCGGGUCUGCUCGCAGCACCCCGCCGCACAUGGCCUGCAUAAUUACAACGCCCCUUCCCCGCGCUCAACGGCCACGACAAACAAGAAGAAGACAGUGUCUGUGAAGGCAUUAUUCUCUCCCCCACCCCCUCCCCCUUCCUCACCCCCACCCCCACCCCCUCCUUCUCCUCCUCCGUCUUCAUCGCCAUCUUCAUCCAAUGGUGGCAACGGGAAUGCUUUGACUGUGAGCGACGUAAUGACCGGUACGAGGAUUGUGUCGGUGAAGGCGGCGACCUCGGUAGACGAUGCGCUGCAGUCCAUCGUGGACCACGGGAUCUCUGGCCUACCGGUCGUUGACGACGAGUACCGACUGGUCGGUGUCGUGUCCGACUACGACUUGCUAGCGCUGAACCCGGCAGCCAUGUCCGGGGCUCAUCGAGAGAGCACGAUACCGGACGACCGCUCCAUCUUCGCCUUGUCGUCAGGAAACGCCAGGUGGAAGAAGCUAUGGCAGAAAAUGGAUGGGAAGACGGUGGGCGACGUGAUGACGCCCAGCCCGCUGGCAGUCCGAUCUACGGCCAACCUCGAAGAUGCAGUCAGGCUGCUGUUAGAGUGCAAGUACAAGAGGCUUCCUGUAGUUGACGACAACGGAAAACUGGUGGGCAUCUUCAGCAGAGCGGACGUCGUCAAACUGGCCUUGCUCCUGCGGGCAGAUGCAGAAUCAGGACCCGAAGCAAAACCACCUCCUCCUCCUUCCUGACAACAACACAGCACAGCACAACCUGUCCUCCCUCCCUCCCUCUCUCCCUCCCUCCCCCCCGCCCGGAGGCCCUCCCUGAGGGUGGACUGGCAAAAUGAUUGCCGUCAACGA